CAUGAUGUUUGUGGUCAAGACGACACGCUUUAUAAUGAGGUGACGACUCGAAGGAGGGACUAUUCAUAGCUACACUACUUGCCUCUUUGUGCUUCAGAUUUCCCCACUGCUCUCUUCAAUGACAGUUAAUGGUAAAAUGGACAUUGAGACUGACCCAAUAUUUGACAGCUGGACGACACCAGACUAUAUGUCUAGUGGGACAGCGGACUAUGACUACACAGAUAACGAGAGCGGCAUCUGUGAUAAGAGCUGGGUGAGGAGCUUCCGCAGCUCCUACGAGCCCCCGCUCUACUGGAUCAUCUUCGCAGUGGGAGCGGUGGGCAACCUCCUCGUGGUGUGGAUCUACACGACCGUGAAACAACGUCUCAAGACCAUGACAGAUGUCUACCUGCUCAACCUGGCGAUAGCAGACCUCCUCUUCCUGUGCACCCUGCCUUUCUGGGCCACGGACGCCACCCAGGGCUGGGUGUUCCACGUCACCGUGUGCAAGGCAGUCUCCGCCGUCUACAAGGUCAACUUCUUUUCCAGCAUGCUCCUGCUCACUUGCAUCAGCGUGGACCGCUACAUCGCCAUCGUCCGCGUGACUGCGGCCCACAACUUCAAGAGUAGGCGGAUGUUCUACAGCAAGCUGGCCUGCCUGGUGGUGUGGCUGCUGUCCUGCCUCCUGUCCCUGCCUGAGUUUCUGUUCGCUAAGGUGAAGGAAAACUCACGCGGUGACCUCUCUUGCAGUCUGGUCUAUCCGGUCAGCAGCAACAACCUCACCAAAGUCAUGGUGCUGUGCCUGCAGAUCUCUGUAGGCUUCUGUCUUCCUCUGCUGGUCAUGGUGGUGUGCUAUUCCGUGAUCAUCCGCAAGCUGAUGCAAGCCCGCAACUUCGAGAAGCACAAGGCGCUGAAGGUCAUCUUUGCCGUGGUGGCGGCGUUCGUCAUCUCCCAGCUGCCGUACAACAGUCAUCUGGUGGUCGAGGCGGCGCAAGCUUACAACGCAACCAUGAACAACUGCGAGGACGUCAAAGCCUUCGAUGUGGCCGGACAGAUAGUGAAGAGUCUGGCCUAUACACACUGCUGCCUCAACCCGAUCCUGUACGCUUUCAUCGGGGUACGCUUCCGGAAGGAUCUGCUGCGCCUCUGCCAUUGCUUGACCGGGAUGAGUGGAGUCACCAAAGCCCAACCGGUUCCCAAGAGACCCUCUGUUAUGUCUGACACGGACACCACCCCAGCACUGUCUUUGUAGCCUGAUGUUUACAACUGACCAGUUGUCAAUUGAUCAACUGUUUCAAGGCUAUCCAAUCACAGGCCAGUCGUCACUCACCAUCGCCACAACCCUCUUAUCCGUCCUUCCAUCUUCACCCUGCUCUCUUUCCACAGGUUACAUGUAAGCAUAUCCGGUAUAACAACAAACAAACCAGUUCCACCAAACAAGACUCUUUCAAAUACACGUGCUGACCGUUAUAGAGGUGUAUAGUCAAUGCUUGUAAUACUUUUCCAUGCAACUUUUUUUUUUGCAGCUCAUUGAGGGAGUUACUUUCCUUUUAAACAGUGUUCAGAUAUUUAGAUGUUAGAUGUUCCUGGUUUGACGUCACGAAGUUCCUUCAUCGUUAAGUUUUCUGCAUUGUACAUUGUUGUAAAUAAGUGUAUAGAAAAAGGUGGAUUGUUUUUUUUUUGGAACUCAAAUUCUUCUGUACUCCUACGUUCAAAUAAAGUGCACUGAAAAAUCUU